UACACAAUUGUCAUAAGUAAUACGGGACGCUAGUUAUUGCUUACUGUUUUCUUAAUGGUUUCUUUUUAUCAUGAAAUUUCCAAAAAAUAAGUGAAAUAAAUAGGCUAUUCUUUUAAUUAAUUGGGCACUUCAUUGUAUUUGUGUUUCUAAGGUUAUCAAAAUGUCAACGACGGAUUUUUAUAUUCGUUAUUAUGUGGGCCACAAAGGCAAGUUUGGUCACGAAUUUCUUGAAUUUGAGUUUAGACCCGAUGGUAAAUUGAGAUAUGCCAAUAAUUCAAAUUAUAAAAAUGAUACAAUGAUUCGCAAAGAAGCGUAUGUGCAUCCUUGUGUGAUGGACGAACUCAAACGUGUUAUCGUAGAUUCAGAAAUUAUGCAUGAAGAUGAUCGACUUUGGCCUCAACCAGAUCGAGUCGGAAGACAGGAAUUGGAAAUUGUUAUUGGGGAAGAACACAUAUCUUUUACAACUUCAAAGACCGGCUCAUUAGUGGAUGUUAAUCAGUCUCGUGAUCCAGAAGGCUUGCGGGGCUUCUAUUAUUUAGUGCAAGAUCUCAAGUGUCUAGUAUUUUCAUUGAUUGGUCUCCACUUUAAAAUUAAGCCCAUAUAAGUUACUUUUAAUAUCUUUGGAAACUUAAAUAAAAAUAUUUUAUACAGUAUA